UCAAGCUCACUCCAUGAUUGACAGGUCCCCUAACCAAUCGUUACAGAGUGGGCGGGCUCUAGAGUCGUCUCUGUUUCCGGUAUCAGCCCCUGAACCAACCACACACACACGUGUGGAGGAAAAGCUGCCUUUCACCGCUUUCUGAGUUCUUCUGAACAUCACCAGACUCUGUGAAACUUGGUGCAUUAAGAAGUCUCUGCAGGUGUUUGGCAGCUGUGAGAGAAGAUCCCGGAUCUGUUUGAGCUCCACAAACACUUGGCUCUGAUGGCCGAGGCCGAGCCCAUCCCCGCACAGGUCGGGGAAAAGAGAGGCUGUCCAGAGGAUGAAGAGGAAGACACGCCGUCAAAGAAACCCAAAGUUGAGAAGGAUCAGAAGAAUGGAGGCGAGGAAGGGCCCGAGGGCGAGGCGAGUGGUGGAGAGGAGUCGGGUGAGACCUUCGCUGAUAUGAUGAAACAUGGCCUCACUGAGUUGGAUGUGGGCAUCCUGAAGUAUGUCAGUGACCACGAGGGCUUCUCAGGAAUCCUGAAGGAAAGAUAUUCUGAUUUCGUGGUGCAUGAAAUCAACAAACAAGGCAAAAUCGUGCAUUUAGAUGACCUCUCAAUCCCUCCAGAACCUGAGGAAGUCCCAGAGCCUCAACCGCAGCCAGAGGAAUAUGACGUGUUGACUGAAGAGCAGAAAAAGCAGCUUGAGGAGCUGCAGCUCUUCAAGAAUAAAGAGGGCGAUGUCUCCAUUGAGGUGUUGGAUGAUACUAAAGAGAAGCGGACGCUGGUCCACAAAGCCAUCAAGACUCAGUAUCCUGGUCUGGAGACAAAAACAGAAGAGAAGGAAGGGCGCAAGUUCAUAGUGGCUUACCACGUCGCUGGGAAGAAAGCUCUAGCAGAGGUCAAAGCACCUGCAGCUCCGAGGAAACACUUCUGGCCCAAAAACCGUGGCAGUUUCUGCCACUUUGUCCUGUACAAGGAGAACAAGGACACCAUGGACGCCAUCAAUGUGCUUUCAAAGUUCCUCAGGCUUAGACCCAACAUGUUUUCCUACAUGGGAACCAAGGACAAGAGAGCCAUCACUGUGCAGGAGAUUGCAGUGCUCAAGAUCACAGCAGAGCGGUUGUCUCACCUCAACAAGUGCCUCAUGAACCUCAAGCUGGGGAACUUUUGCUACAAAAACCACCCUCUUAAACUGGGAGAGCUGCAGGGAAAUCACUUCACUGUGGUCAUCAGGAACAUCUCAGGGACAGAUGAGCAGGUCCAGCAGGCCUUGACAUCCCUCAGGAAGACGGGCUUCAUCAACUACUACGGCAUGCAGCGCUUCGGCACCACGGCUGUGCCUACACAACAAGUCGGCAGGGCUAUCUUGAAAAACGACUGGAAAGAGGUGGUGGAUUUAAUUCUGAAGCCUCGUCCCGGAGCGGAGAAAGAAUUCCUCGUCCGCUGCCGGGAGGAGUGGGCAAAGACUCAGGAUCCGGAGGCCGCCCUGAAAAAGCUGCCCAACAAGCGCUGCGUGGAGGGGCAGCUGCUGCGAGGCCUGUCGAUGUACGGCAAGAAGAACAUCGUCACCGCUUUUGGACUGAUCCCUCGUAACAACCGUCUGAUGUACAUCCACAGCUACCAGAGCGUGGUGUGGAACACCAUGGUGAGCCGGAGGAUCGAGGCCUUUGGCCUGAAGGCUGUGGAGGGGGACCUGGUGCUGAAAGGAACCACAGCACACGUGCUGUCUGCAGAGGAGGCCGAGAGUUGCUCCAUCCACGACACUGUGAUGCCACUUCCUGGGUUUGAUGUCAUCUACCCCACUCAUCACGUGGGUAAAGGUUACAGAGAGCUGCUCACUGCAGACGGGUUGGACAUCGACAACAUGAGACACAAAGUGAAGGACUACUCUCUGGCUGGAGCUUACAGACGCAUCCUCAUCAGACCCAGCGACGUCAGCUGGGAGGUGACUCAGUAUGACGACCCCAGGAUCUCCCUGGUGCAUAGUGAUUUUGAGAAACUGGAGAACAAACCUGCUCCUGUCUUCAACAAAGAGGGGAAGUAUCGGGCUCUGCGUAUGGAGUUCUCCCUGCCGCCCUCGACCUACGCCACCAUGGCGAUCAGAGAGGUCCUCAAGUUGGACACUAGCAUCAAGAAGCAGACGCAGCUCAACACCACCUGGUUCAACUGAGACCGAAACACACUCAAACACACAAACUGGACUGCUGCUGCAGGCUGCAGAGCGCCUGUCGACUGUGGCUACUUACUGUUGAGUGUUUUUAAGUGUAUCAUGUGUGUCUGUGUGCGAGAGCGAUUGGGUUCUGCGUGAAGCCAAAAGGUUUUUCUUUGAAGUACAAAGAGCAACGAUUUAUCAUUAACUUUUUUUUAAUGUUCCUACUUGCUCUAAAGUGUUUCUCCGCUGCAACGUUUCAGCAUAUUUUGGCAAUGAUUUCAGUAGACUUUGUGCUUGUCAGGGUGCCGUCUCACACGGUAAUCCCUGCUGCACAGGCUGCUCAGCAUGCACACUCUUUGUACAGAAAUAUGAGUUUUUGUUUUUUAACUUUGAGCUGAAUGUGUGACUUGAAAAAACUCUUGAAGAGAAAUUAAAAACGUUGAGUUUCUAGUGAA